AUGGGGGCUAUAUCCCGGCGACAGGUGCCGUCGGAGAAAAGGGAGAGCGCUCUUCAUGAACCUCCCGCGUACCAGCAAAGUGUCGAUGAAGAGGUCCCAGAGUCGGAAAAGAUCAAUACUGACCACACCCACCGCAAUCUCAAGCCUCGACAUAUUCAAUUGAUAGGAAUCGGAGGGACCAUCGGCACUGCUCUUUUUGUUCAAAUCGGCAAGGGUUUGCUUAAUGGCGGACCUGCAAGUUUAUUUAUUGCAUUUUCUUGGUGGUGUACCUUCAUAUUGGCCAUUACUAUGUGCACCGCGGAAAUGGUAACAUAUUUACCUAUAUCUUCACCCUUCGUGAGAUUUGCAGGCCGCUUUGUUGACGAGGCCUUUGGAGUUGCUGUUGGAUGGAACUUCUUUAUCUUCGAGGCAGCCCUCGUUCCGUUCGAGAUUGUGGCUUGUAACUUCAUCAUCCACUACUGGAGUGAUGCCGUGCCAGCUGCAGCCAUAAUAACUAUUAUCAUUGUUCUCUAUGCAGCGUUUAAUGUCUUUGCUGUCCAAUGGUACGGAGAGUCCGAAUUCUGGCUAUCACUGGGCAAAGUCAUACUCAUCGUCGGUGUGUUAUGCUACACAUUUGUGACCAUGAUUGGCGGAAACCCCAUAGGCGAUCGAUAUGGGUUCCGAUAUUGGAGGGAGCCCGGAGCAUUUACCACUACUUACACGACAGGGAGCCUUGGUCUGUGGCUGGGAUUCCUCCAGUGCCUGAUCCUCGCCAGUUUUACCAUUGCAGGGCCCGACUAUGUCUCCAUGGCAGCGGGUGAAGCCGAAAACCCGAGGGUGUCGAUGCCAAAGGCUUACAAGGCUGUGUUCUACAGACUGACUGCUUUCUUCAUGCUUGGGAGCCUGGCGAUUGGUGUCAAUGUGCCGUACGACGACAAGACGAUGAAGGAUGCCUUCCUAAAGGAUCUCCCGGGUGCCACUGCAUCGCCAUAUGUCAUCUCCAUGCACAGGCUGCAGAUUCGUGUCCUCCCAGACAUUGUCAACGCCAUGGUUUUAUCCGCUGCUUUCAGUGCUGGGAAUAGCUACGUCUACUGUGCUAGCAGGUGUCUCUACGGUCUGGCUCUCGAAGGUAAAGCACCUCGAAUCUUCACCCGCUGCGCGAAGAAUGGGGUGCCCAUCUACUGUGUGGGCGUUGUACUGCUCAUUGCGCUGCUGAGCUUCUUGCAAGUCUCAAAUAGUGCCUCUGUUGUGCUGCAGUGGUUCGUCAACCUCGUCACCGCAUCGCAGUUGCUCAACUUCUCUGCCAUAACAUUCACAUAUAUCCGGUUCUACAAGGCACUGAAAGCGCAAGGUAUCUCGAGAGACUCGCUGCCGUUCAAGAGCCGGUUCCAGCCGUAUCUUUCGUAUUAUGCCUUUAUUGGACCGUUUGUCAUGGUCUUUGUGGGCGGAUACCCGGUAUUCUUGCCAGGAAACUGGAACCUGCCAACUUUCCUCUUCUCCUACACGAUGAUUGUAGUAUGUCCGUUGAUAUUCUUGGGAUGGAAGUGGUUCAAGCGCACCAAGUUUCUGAAGCCUGAAGAGGUAGAUUUGAUUGAUGGCGUAGAGGAAAUCGAGGUGUACACCCGGAACUAUGUACCCACGCCUCCGGGGAACCUGUUUGAGAAGAUUUUGAACUUCAUAUUUUAA